UCACAGGAUUAGCACCUUGCUCAGUAGUUGCAUCGUUUUAUUACUUUUUUUCUUUGUUACUUUCCCACUUUGGUACUUGGAGAUAUAUAUAUAUUUUUUCAAACCACCGAAGCAGGUUCAGUGGCCGCAAUUGCGUUUUAGUCAUUGGAGUGCAAUUUUGCGAGGCAUCUUGCGGCUCUGGGACUGAGUCGGUCUCAACCCUCAGCCACUGGAUGAAGCAUCUUCCAGGGGGAGAAGAGGAGUGGGGGCAGCCACAAAAGUGAAGGGCAGCUGGGCCAGAAUCUCGCCUGCUGUGGCAGAGUCUGGGACUCUGGACAAGUCAUCCUCAUGCCACUUGUAAAUAACAAAGUAGGGGAUGAUUGCACAGUUGGCACAGAGCAGGCGUUGGCUGAUGGAAAGGCUCUGGUGGGUUCUUUGAUAAAGGUGGUGGCAUGUUACCGGCAGCUAGCCUCGUGUGUCGGCGGGUGCACGGACAGUUUGCAGCUGCGCGAUGAGUUGCGACAAACGCGCGAAAAAGCCCAAAUGUUGGCCAUGUCCAUCUGCAGUCAUUUGACCUCACAUCUCCGAAACAGGAGCCUGCCCGAGGGGCAGCGUAAGGAGAUGGAGCUCCUCUGGGUGGCCUUCUCCUCCAGCCUAGAGCUGCUCCAUGUUGACAUGUGCAAAGUUUUCUAUGUGGCGGAAAUCUUCUCUCUGGCCAACACGGAUGCACUGGCAAAAACUGGCAUACAAGGUGGAGGCAGUGAGGUGGUGGCCCGGGCACUCAGUCUGCCAGACCUGAACCAGACCCAGAGUCCAUCCCUUCCUGCUGAGCUGGAGAGCCAGGAGCGCAGCACCAUGGAGCGGGAGAUCAGCCAAAUCGACCGCAUGAUUGACGACAUGGAGAUGAAGGUGAACGUGAUGCGCUGGAUGGUGGAGCCGCGCGGGCCACAGCACGCAGACCCGCUCAGCAGCACCGACAGCUCCUCCCUGGCCCUGCUCUCCGUCGACGAGGAGCAGCCUGGACCCCGGCCUCUGUGCCAGCGCAGUCAAAUCUUUGUGCUCUUAUUGAUGUCUGCUGUAGUUUUGGUGUCCGCCACUUUGUCUAUCUGUAUUGUCUUUUUCUCAUGAGCAAAAUUAACUAAUCACAUUUCGUGGAUUGGUGAUGUUCAGUAACACUGACAACAAAAAACCUACUUCAGGUACAGUAGUUUUCUCCUUCCAUAGUCGCUCCAAAAAAAACUACAUUUUUGUAAUGGCAGCAAAAUGAUCUGAGUAAAAUUUGAAUCAAUCAGGAGUUGGCCGUUUAUUGCUAUAAAUCCAAAGCUAACAUGUUCUUUGAACCGUCUUUGGUGAACAAAGUUCUUUGUUUUACCUUACCUAACUGUAAAAAUGAUUGAGUUUAGAUCAGGGCCGGGUCUAGACAGGCAUGUAUGAGGGGGCAGCCACAAAUCUUGAGGGGGCAUUGUGCUCCAGCACCUAGUUUGAGGGGGCACAACAUUUAUUUGAGGGGGCCAGGCCCCCUCUUGCCCCUGCCUAGACCCGGCCCUGGUUUAGAUUCCCCUCUGUUCUGUACAGUAUACUCUCCUUUCCCUAAAAUCCAGAAAGACACAGAAAUUUUCAUUGUAUUCCUUGUUGCCAUUGAGAAGACAUAGGUGCUGAUGCUUUGUAGUUAAUAUACUGUAAUAAGCAGAAUAUUUACUUUCAAAGAUUUCCAAGUUUUUUUGAUUCAGUAUUACUUCUACUUGUAUAAAACCGUUGCAGUAGAGAAUUCACAAUGUACAUGCAUUGUAGAAGUAUGAACUUUUUACUGCACCUUUGGUAAUUCACCAAAGGUGCAGAGUAUGCAAAGUAAGAAAUGUACAGAAUUUGAACGGCAUUAAA